AUGCAGCCCGCUCCAACCGUACUCACAAAGUUUGAAUCUAAAUCGUCUAGGGCCAAGGGUAUCGCGUUCCAUCCCAAACGACCAUGGCUCCUUGUCUCCCUCCAUUCCUCCACCAUACAAUUAUGGGAUUAUAGAAUGGGAACUUUGAUCGACCGGUUCGAAGAACAUGAUGGACCAGUUCGAGGCAUUGACUUUCAUAAAACGCAACCGCUGUUUGUAUCCGGAGGUGACGAUUACAAGAUCAAAGUCUGGUCAUACCAAACGCGGCGGUGUCUCUUUACACUCAACGGCCACCUAGACUACGUUCGCACGGUCUUUUUCCACCAUGAAUACCCAUGGAUCAUCUCUAGUUCCGAUGAUCAAACAAUUCGCAUUUGGAACUGGCAGAAUCGAUCGCUGAUUUGCACGAUGACCGGGCAUAAUCAUUAUGUCAUGUGUGCCCAGUUCCAUCCGAAAGAAGACCUCAUUGUUUCUGCCUCCCUCGAUCAGUCCGUUCGUAUUUGGGAUAUCUCCGGCCUCCGGAAAAAGCAUUCUGCUCCUACGGCCUCGCUGAGCUUUGAAGACCAACUCGCACGUGCUGGCCCCGCCCAACCCGAUAUGUUUGGAAAUACAGAUGCCGUUGUCAAGUUUGUGCUCGAGGGCCAUGAUCGAGGCGUCAAUUGGGUCUCGUUUCACCCUUCACUACCUUUGAUUAUUUCUGCCGGUGAUGAUCGUCUAGUUAAACUCUGGAGAAUGAGUGACACCAAAGCAUGGGAGGUCGAUACCUGUCGAGGGCACUUCCAGAAUGUGUCUGCUUGUUUGUUUCACCCGCAUCAAGAUUUGAUUUUGUCAGUGGGAGAAGAUAAAACCGUUCGUGUCUGGGAUCUGAAUAAGCGAACAUCUAUCCAGUCAUUUAAGCGGGAUUUAGAUCGCUUCUGGGUGAUUGCUGCACACCCCGAGAUUAACCUGUUCGCUGCUGGUCAUGAUACUGGUGUCAUGGUAUUUAAGCUUGAGCGGGAACGUCCCGCCUCGACCGUACACCAAAACCAACUUUUUUACAUCACAAAAGAAAAACACGUUAAAUGCUACGAUUUUGGAAAGAAGAUCGAGUCUCCGGCUAUGGUAUCCUUAAAGAAGCUUGGCAGCCCUUGGGUACCUCCCAGGACGCUCUCUUAUAAUGCUGCGGAGCGGGCUAUUUUAGUGAUAUCUCCUGCUGACAGCGGCACCUAUGAGCUUAUCCAUAUACCAAAAGAUUCAACUGGCGCAACUGAACCCACAGAUAUAAAAAGAGGACAUGGAACCGCCGCCGUCUUUGUCGAUAGAAACAGGUUCGCAGUAUUCAGCCAGUCGACUAAACAAAUUGACAUAAAGGACCUAAGCAAUUCUACAACUGAAACUAUUAAACCCCCUACCGGAACUACUGAUAUAUGUGUUGGCGAACCUGGAACACUUCUCUUUCUUGCCCCAUCCAAGGUUUACCUAUAUGAUAUUGGUAAGAAAGAGCGGAUUGCUGAGAUAAGUGCAAGCGGUGUUAAGUACGUGGUUUGGUCAAAUGAUGGACAGCACAUUGCCCUUUUGAGCAAACACAAUGUCACCAUUGCUACCAAGUCUCUGGAGCAUGUCAGCACACUUCAUGAGACAAUCCGUAUAAAGAGUGCCUGCUGGGAUGAUAGUGGCGUCCUAUUAUAUUCUACCUUGAACCACAUCAAGUAUUCUUUGCUCAACGGUGACAAUGGUAUUGUCCGAACACUUGAUAACACUAUUUACUUGGUUCGGGUGAGGGGCAAGAACGUUUAUUGUCUCGACCGAAGUGCGCAACCAGUUGUGCUCGAAAUCGACCCAACCGACUACCGCUUCAAGCUUGCCUUGGUCCAACGCAAUUACGAAGAUAUGAUGCAAAUCAUCAAAACUUCCAGUCUUGUUGGUCAAAGCAUCAUUUCAUACUUGCAAAAGAAGGGCUAUCCUGAAAUUGCCUUGCAGUUCGUCCAAGACCCAAAAACUCGGUUUGAGUUAGCUCUUGAAUGUGGAAACAUCGAUGUUGCUAUUGAAAUGGCUAAGCAGCUUGACCGGCCUCAACUGUGGGCUCGGCUCGGCGCUGAAGCCUUGGCACAUGGAAACCAUCAAACCGUGGAGAUGGCAUAUCAGAAGCAGCGAAAUUUCGAUAAACUGUCGUUCCUUUACCUAGUCACAGGUGAUGAGGAAAAGCUUCAGCGCAUGGCGAAGAUUGCUGAGCAUAGGGGUGAUUUUACAUCUCGCUUCCAGAAUGCGAUUUUUCUAGGUGACGUGGAGAACAAGAUCCAAAUGUUUAAAGAACUCGGACUGUUCCCCAUGGCUUAUCUUACCGCAAAGACGCACGGACUUGACGAAGAGGCGGAUGCAAUUCUUGAAGCCAAUGGACUCACCGAGGAUGAGAUCAAAUUACCUCCACUCGGCACCGCCCAAGAAGUUCCGAAAGUAGUUGUUCCAACAUUCAAGUCCAAUUGGCCUGUAAAAGCUGCAUCUCAUUCUGCAUUCGAAAAAAUGUUGAUGGCUGAAGAGGAUGAGGCGGAGGAAGAGGAGGAUGAAGGAGAGCCUGCUGAAGAGGUGGAAGUAGAUGCCGAUUAG